AUGUCUACUUCUGGGCUCAUUGCUGCCAAAAAGAGAAUCGAAAAUGCAGUCAAGAAAUACGAUAUUCCAACUGAUUCAAAACCUACUUUUGUAGAUUCGUGCAAAAAUGGUGCCAUCUUGCUUUCUUUACUCCAAUCGCGUCUUAACUGGACUAAUUCUGUUUUUGCGAGAUACAAAAUGGAUCCAGUACAACAGCCUAAAAGAACAACAGCUUCUCGUAAAAAAUGGCCUCAGAUGCGAUGUUUAGGCACUUGUGAUUUGGAACUAGGUGCUCAUCUGUUUGAGCAAACCAUUUUUUAUGAAGCCAUACGAACUGAAUCUUGGGAAGCCAUUGCUAAAAAAGAAGGUCUACUAGAGAAAGAUGCUACCGAAACGCAAGAAGAUACAUUGAUGUAUAGAGACAUUGUGUUUGAACUAAGGGAACUGCCUAACGAACGAUUUAUCUUCCCAAAGGACACCAUAGUAGAUUCAAUGCCACUUAAUACAGACGCUUAUGUUAUGCAUGCUUCUUUUGUGAUUCCUAUUGACGUUGAUACUUCCGAAGAUUUCUUCAUGUCCUCAAAAGACAAAAUCAUGAAAUAUGGACAUUUGUCCCAACUGGCCUGUAUUAAACAAUACCUUGAAUCCAAUCCAGCACCUGUUAAAGAACCAACAAGACAAAGCCUUUAUGAACCUAUCAACAUUCGACUCACAAAUGCAAAUCAGAUCACAGUAGACACCAUUACAAACUUUGUCAACUUACCAAGUCAAGUUAAGAAAGACAUGAAAGAGAAAUCAAAAUUGUUUCCCAAAAGAUCUUAUAUUAAAAUCAGUUUACCACAAGAGGAUGCUCAGAGUAUUGAAAUGCAAGAUUUAGUAAGAAAAGCUUCCAACAUUCCCGAUAUUGCAACAGGACCCAUUCAGGCUGAAAAGAAGAGAAACGAAAUACUAAAUGCAAUCAAAUUGGGUAAAAGACAACGCGAUGAAAAGUUCGAAGCUGAAUUACCCAAAUACAAACAGACAAAUGCAAAAGAAGAUGGCUCGCAUAAAUGUGCUUAUUGUAGUACAAGAACAACAGUAAUGUGGAGAGCAGGUCCAGGUGGCCAUGGUACAUUAUGUAACAGCUGUGGUAUUCAAUGGAAGCGAGGAGAUAUCUUGAAAGAUGCACCUGUAAUCAGUAUAGAAGAAGAAAGAAAACAAGCAGCAGAGAGACGAGAAAAGGAAAAAGCAGCAGAGGCAUUGGAAUUUGACAAGUCAGAAAAAGAGAAUAAGAAAUACAAAAAAAGUGAUAGACACCAUAUGUCAUUUGGGUCAGAGUCCUUGGGUGUCUUUGCAGUUAAAUUACUUCAACAAAGAACAAGAGAAGGAAGGUACUCUAUGCCUCCUUCUCUUGCUACACCUAUCACCUACACACCCACUCAUGUUGAACCUAUACCAUCGGUGAAAAAAAUUGCAAGCAAUAAUCCAAAACCCAUUGCAGCCAUGGGAAGCAGUCAAGGACCAGAACCAUCAUUACCAUCAUUGACACCCCCACUACCCCCACCACCACCAUCACAAAUGCCACAAACAUUACAGCCAUCACCAACACCACCGCCACAAGCAGCAGUAUCCUCCCAAGAUCAAUCAAAACCUCCCCCUCCUCCUCUUUCACUCUAUAAUCCAAAGGGUAUUCCUUUGCCUACACUUUCAAUUGAUUUUGUUGGUCAUAUGCAAUUCUCUCAUCCUAAUUGUGGUAUCACCUUACUUGACAGUCAUUUCUCUAUGCGUCUAUCCCAAGAAGGACAUGAACAGACUUUGAUUGAAAUAGAAAAGAAAGACUUGAUGAAUGCUGAUUUUGAAGUAGUGACAGAAGGAGAGAAGCCAGUAGUACGAGAAGUGCUUAGGAUGAAAGUUAUGCCUGAAGACACUAAAUCUAUCACAACAUUCAACCAAACCAUUCCUAUAUCUAAAGAACACCCUAUACAAAUACGUUUUCUGGAGAAAUUAGACCCUAGUGGAGGUGCUGUUGUUAAGCGCAUUUUACAACGAUGGUUAGUUACAGUACCUCAACAGUAA